GGCGGAGUGUCAUGGUUAAUAUGUAACUCUCAGAGCACACUUGCACUUUGUUUCUCCAAAUAAUAGAUGGAGCUUUCAGAAGUAAUCUCACACUAGCUGAAUGGUUGUGCAACCAAACCUCAAAAAUAUGGUGGCACACAAAAUGAAGAUGGGACUUAUUUUAUUUGUAACCUGCAUGUUCUUCCUCGCUCCUGUCCACCAAGCGCACCUUCCAAGUGCCACCAUCUCAGAUCUUUCCCUCAAAAAUAUGGACUUUGCCAUGAACCUAUACAGAAAAAUAUCCAGCUAUCAUGACAAGAAUAUCUUUUUCUCCCCUCUGAGCAUCUCCACAAGCUUUGCUGCUCUUUUAAUGGCCACUGGUGGUGUCACACGCGAGGAAAUACUGAAAGGACUCAACCUGGAGCAGCUGGAGCAGGCUGACCAGCCAGAACUUAUCCCAGCUCUCUUUCAACUUCUUCGUGAGACCAUCACACAGAAUGGAUCGCUGAAACUGGACCAAGGCAUGGCCCUCUUUUCGUGCCAGCACUUUGUGAUCGAAAAAGUAUUCAAAGAUCAAAUCAAGACAUUUUUUGACGCUGACAUCAAAAGUGUAGACUUUGCGGACACAACGGGGAGCAUCAGCUUCAUCAAUGAGUAUUUCAAGAACAAGACUCUGGACAAAGUGGCAGAGAUGAUUUCCAACCUAGAUCCACUGACCCAACUCAUGUUAAUCAACACAAUUUUCUUCCAGGGAUCCUGGCAGAAGCCUUUCAACCCCGCUUUUACCGAAAAUUCACCGUUCUACAUUGACAACUAUAAUAUUGUGCAAGUGCCGACAAUGUUUUUAGAGGAUAAGUUCUACUCAAUGGAAGAUGUUCCUCUUGGUGCUAAAGUGUUGAAGCUACCAUAUCAGGAAGGUGUUUCCAUGCUUAUCCUGCUACCAAACAAAGACAUGGACUACAAUGUAAUCGAUGAUGGGAUCACUGCUAAGAGGUUUCUCAGCUGGAUCAAAAAUCUGCAAAAAAUCAAACUGGAAGUCAACAUGCCCAAAUUCAAGAUGGAAGAGUCGUAUUCCCUGCAUAAUCUUCUGCCAGAUAUGGGCAUGGCCAGUAUCUUCAGCAAUUCAGCCAAUUUGACAAAGCUGAGUAAGGAAGAACCUCUCAAAGUGUCGGAGGUUCUGCACAAGGCUGUGAUUGAGGUGGACGAGACAGGAACUACUGCAGCAGCUGUCACAGUAACUGGCAUUAUUCCAUAUUCCUUACCCAGGACCUUCACUGUCAACAGGCCGUUUUUCUUCUUCAUAUACCAUGAAGCCACAAACUGUCUGCUGUUCAUGGGCAGGGUGAUAGACCCUACCAAAAACUAGCAGUCAUGACUUGCUUGUUUGAGCAGGUAACAAUGUGUUUCUUAAGGCUUUUAAAUGGCUGUUUUGAUGCAACUUUAAAAAAAAAAAAAAAAAAAGAUUAAACGUUGUGCUGUUCUGUUCUUUUAGCCUGUCUAAUGUGAUCCCUAUAAUAAAGAACUAACAUUAUGGUGCCUCACUUUG